GGAGGGGGGUGGAAAAACGAAACCAUAGACGUCUACCUUGGCCUAGAGCGGCCCUUAAAGUGCCAGGGAGAGGAGGGCGGGCGGGGACCACCCCAGAACAGGCCGCCGGCGGUAUCAUGGCGACCCGGAACCCCCCUCCCCAAGACUAUGAAAGCGACGACGACUCUUACGAAGUGUUGGAUUUGACUGAGUAUGCGAGAAGACACCAUUGGUGGACUCGAGUGUUUGGCCACAGCUCGGGACCUAUGGUAGAAAAAUACUCAGUAGCCACCCAGAUUGUCAUGGGUGGCGUGACUGGCUGGUGUGCAGGAUUUUUGUUCCAGAAGGUUGGAAAACUUGCAGCAACUGCAGUAGGCGGUGGUUUUCUUCUCCUUCAGAUUGCCAGUCACAGUGGCUAUGUGCAGAUUGACUGGAAGAGGGUUGAAAAAGAUGUAAACAAAGCAAAAAGACAGAUUAAGAAACGAGCAAAUAAAGCAGCACCUGAAAUCAACAAUAUAAUCGAAGAAGCAACAGAAUUUAUCAAACAGAACAUUGUGAUAUCCAGUGGAUUUGUGGGAGGCUUUUUGCUGGGCCUUGCAUCUUAAGACCACGAAGGUUCCACCUUAGUGGAUUUCCAAGUGAGAAGAGAAGUGGAGCCAACGGGGUGCUCUCUCAAUAGUACUUGCCGACAGAAUCUCCAGGGCAAAGAAAAACAACUUGUUGGAAAAAACUGAACUCUCAACUUAGCAUUUUGCCAUCUGAAGCUUGGCAAACGAGUAUCUGCUGUAAAACAACCCAUUUAGUAUGUGAAUAAUAGUAUUCCUGAGCAAAACGUGGCUUCCAUCAUUUUUUUAAUUGUAACUGUGUAGAAACUAGCCUGUGAAAUAUCACUAUUAGAUGAACAUUUGGAGAGAAAAAGAGCAGUUGGACUUCUUGCCCAGGGACAUGUUAAAAUCUGUUUAAAUGUGGUGUUACUCAUUGUGCUUUAGAGUAGUAGAGUACUGAUAAUUGCAAAUUUGUGUUACUGCUUCAAUAUUAGAGCUGAAUUUUUGUUCUUUUAAGAUAAAUUUUUUUUUGUAAUAAGCUGGAGAACCACAAUGCCCUUGUGUGGAAGACUUUAGAAAUAAUAGAAUUAUUAAUGAUAUUUAAUAGAUUCUGCUGAUGGAAUUGAAAAACAAUUUUUAGGUUGUUUUUCCUGCAAUUUUUAUUUUGCUUGUGUAACAGCUGCACAUUUCAAAGAAGGCUCUUCUAAGGAAAGACAAAAUCAUGGUCUGAAGCUCUUUUUCCUUUUAUUGAUGUCUGUAGUUUUGAAAGUGUCUUCUUGUAUGUAAGCUUUUAUUUUGUGUAUUUGUUUUAUGUGUCUGCAGCCCGAGAAAAGCUCGUAAUUUUGAGGGUACAUAUAAUUGGAUCAUCAUACUAUUAACUUUGUAUGUGCCUCCAUUUUAAUUCUAAAAACCUCAAUUUGGCCCUGUCUUCUCUACCAAAAGGUUUAAAAAAUAAUUUAAAACUAUUUGGUAGUAUAGUGUGAAUUUCCUUUCUGGAGCAUUUCAGUUUUCUUUGUAAUCAAAAGAUUGUCACUUAAAGAGAAUUGUCUUCCUCAUCUAGUCCGCGAUGUAACUACCAAGACUUCAGGCUUUUUUUGGUCUCAUUAUGUUGCUUGAACACCAGAACAGUUUACUUAUUUCUCAGGGCCGGUGUCACACUCCCUCAGAGGCUGCUUGACCCAUAGAAGCUUUUUGAAUUUUAGUUUUGUCCACAGAAUUCUAGGCUGGAGUUGGGCAAAAAGGUAGGGCAAUGUAAAUUGGAGUCUUUAGGUUGAAAGGCUUGACCAUGUAUGUUUCAUAGGAAGCUCCUGUAAUCUGUGUGUGUAUUAUAAACAUAGGACAUAUCAUGCUUCCAGGACUGGUUACAGGCUGUGUGUUUGCAUUAUCACAAGACUCCUGACAAUUAAAUGUGAACUCAAUCUGAAUUUACUGCAUUAUUGUCAUUAGUGCCUCAAAUAUAAUGCUGAAUAAAUCUCAGACUUUCUUAA